CCCUUUCACUGCGGCUCGAAAGCAGAGCGGACUGACCCGCUUCUGAUCUAAAUCACUGCUAGCGCUCAUUGUGAGAUACAGCAACCACUUCUGUAGGCUUUCUGAAACUGCAUAGACCUUUGCAAAUGCAAGCAAUUAAAUGUGUGGUGGUCGGGGACGGGGCUGUGGGAAAGACCUGUUUGCUAAUCAGCUACACCACCAAUGCCUUCCCCGGAGAGUACAUACCCACUGUCUUUGACAACUACUCUGCAAAUGUGAUGGUCGAUGGGAAACCAGUGAAUCUGGGUCUAUGGGAUACAGCAGGACAGGAAGACUACGACAGACUCCGACCACUGUCCUAUCCACAGACGGAUGUGUUCUUGAUAUGCUUCUCCCUGGUCAGCCCCGCCUCCUUUGAGAACGUCCGAGCUAAGUGGUACCCAGAGGUGAGACACCACUGCCCCAACACCCCCAUCAUCCUGGUGGGCACCAAGCUGGAUCUGAGAGAUGACAAGGACACCACGGAGAGGCUGAGGGACAAGAAGCUGUCCCCCAUCACCUACCCCCAGGGCCUGGCCAUGGCACGGGAGAUAGGUGCUGUGAAGUACCUGGAGUGCUCGGCCCUGACCCAGCGAGGGUUGAAGACGGUAUUUGACGAGGCCAUCCGUGCUGUGCUGUGCCCCCCACCCGUCAAGAAGAGGGGCAAGAGGUGCACAGUGUUCUGAGGGCUCUUAUUGUUCCAGGAUCAACCUCCAACAUAGUGGCCAUCGUCAUGACGAUACAUCUGGUACACUAAAACAUCACCAUAACAAUCAUUACUUCUCUUCGGGACAAGUCCUAACUUGAAACACCACGUAACGGCAAUUUAACUUACGUUGGUUUAAAUAAUGGAUUCAUGUCAAUGGAAUAUUUGAUCUCAAGUUAGGAUUGGCCCCAAGAGAAUUAAAUACUGGAUUUUUUUUUACAAUAGGAAAACCAUUUGAUCAGGUGUAAAGAUGGUUCGUCAAGUUGCCAUUUGUUUGUUUUUACACAGAGGAAAGCACUUGAGGUGUCUACUCUCACUCAUACAACCCUACUCCCUCUCAGUCCUGUUAGCUUGAGUUGAUACAGCACUCAAAACAGUCUGUCGCUCUGGGUUGAAGUUGCCCUUAGGUACAGAUUUAGGAUCAACGUUCCCGCCUCAAGUCCUAAACUUGACCAUUACGGGGAAAAAACACAUGACCUUAGAUCAGUGAUUAGGGGCAAUUUCACCCUACUCUGUGAAGUGAAUAAUGUGACAAACAGACAAGAAUGACAUGGGAGCUGUACAACAUGGCUACCUGAGGAAUGCCUCUGAUGGAGGUGCUUGCAUUGGUUUAAACAAUAUGUCUUCAUUUUCCAAUUAUUUGAAUCUACCCAUGCAUGUCACUGUAUGUGUGAGAGAGUAAAAUUUCAAGCAGUGUCACGUUUCUGAUACUAUUACUGCAUUGUAGUGAUAGACAAGGCUUUGCUACAAACUGUUGAUUCAACAAAGGGGAAAUUGAUGAUCACAACCGUGGUCUGUUUUAUGUGUUACACAAGCUAAGUCUAGUGAUAAUGUACAAAAUAAUAUUUAGAGGAGGAAUGCAUUAUGGAUAUAUCUAUUUAUUAUGGACCUGCAUAUGUAGCUCUUUAAUUCCAGAAGAAAAGGAUAAUACUAACCAGGUUUCCAUCCAACCUUUUAAGUGGAAACACUUUCAUGUGCAAAUAUUGAUAUAUUAACUGUCAUAUGGAAUACCCGCACUGCAUCUGCGAACUGUUGGCUUGAGCACACAUGCCCAUACCAGAGUGGGCACAUUUGCUAUUUAACAAAAAAAAUGUUUUUGAGUUGAAUGCAAUGGACUUGUAUUAGUUUUAUUUGGUACAUGGGAAUUUAACCGCAAAAGUAAUUUUUGUGACCUACGUCAUCACACACAGACUUUUAUCUACAAGUCAAUUUGAUUGAAACAUAUCUCUGGUGGGAAACUGCGCAUAAAAAGGGGGGGGGAUUUUAGAAUGUGUGCAUAAAAAUCUGCCGCCAAUUGGAUGGAAACCUAGCUAGUAACUCACUUUUAAUCUAGAGAUCUCAUAUCGCAACACAAUGUAAUUAAUUAACGAGUGCAUUUCUGUGGUUGUUGUAGACCUGCAGUAUAACUGUUUCUUCCCCUCUAGUGGUGAGAUAAAGGAAUUAUUUUGAAGAAUGCAAAUGGUAUUUGUCACAAGCGCUGAAUACAACGGUUGUGGACCGUGAAAUGCUUACAAGCCCCUAACCAAUGCAGUUUUAAGAAAAUUUAGUUAAUUAAAGGGGGGGGGGGUCAAUGCUAAUAGUCCAGGUGGCCAUUUUUAUGAAUUGUGUGUUAUUGCUUGGGAGUAGAAGCUGUUAAGGAGCCUUUUGGAGAGAACAGUCUAUGACUUGGGUGACUGGAGUCUUUGACAAUUUUUGGGGGCCUUCCUCUGACACUGCCCAGUAUAUAGGUCCUGGAUGGCAGGAAGCUUGGCCCAGUGAUGUACUGGGCCGUACGCACUACCCUCUGUUGUGUUUUAUGCUUGAAUGCUGAGCAGUUGCCAUACCAGGAGGUGAUGCAAAUGGUCAGGAUGCUUUUGGUACAGCUGUAGAACUUCUGAAAAAUCUGGGGACCCAUGCCAAGUCUUUUCAGUCUCCUGAGGAGGAAUAGGUUUUGUUGUGCCCUCUUCACAACUGUCUUGGCGUGUUUGGACCAUGAUAGUUUGUUGCUGAUGUGAACACCAAGGAACUUGAAACUCUCGACCCGCUCCACUACAGCCCCAUUGAUGUGAAUGGGUGUGUGUUUGGCCCUCCUUUUCCUGUAGUCCACGAUCAACUCCUUUGUCUUGCUUACAUUUUGGGAGAAGUUGUUGUCCUGGCACUACACUGCCAGGUCUCCGACGACCUCCCUAGUGGCUGUCUCAACAUUGUCGGUGAUCAGGCCUACCACCGUUGUCGUCAACAAACUUAAUGGUGGUGUUGGAGUCGUGCUUGACCACACAGUUGUGGGUGAACAGGGAGUACAGGAGGAGACUAAGCACGCACCCCUGGGGGGCCCCCGUGUUGAGGAUCAGUGUGGUAGAUGUGAUGUUUCCUACCCUUACUACCUGGAGGCGGCCCGUCAGGACAUCCAGGAUCCAGAUGCAAAGGGAGGUGUUUAGUCCCAGGGUCCUUAGCUUAGUGAUGAGCUUUGUGGGCACUAUGGUGUUGAACGCUGAGCUGUAGUCAAUGAAAAGCAUUCUCAAAUAGGUGUUCCUUUUGUCCAGGUGGGAUUCAAUCUUAGUCCUGUAUUGACACUUUUAUUUUUUAUUUUUUUAUUUCACCUUUAUUUAACCAGGUAGGCAAGUUGAGAACAAGUUCUCAUUUACAAUUGUGACCUGGCCAAGAUAAAGCAAAGCAGUUCGACACAUACAACGACACAGAGUUACACAUGGAAUAAAACAAACAUACAGUAUAAACAAGUCUAUAUACAAUGUGAGCAAAUGAGGUGAGAUAAGGGAGGUAAAGGCAAAAAAAAGGCCAUGGUGGCAAAGUAAAUACAAUAUAGCAAGUAAAACACUGGAAUGGUAGAUUUGCAGUGGAAGAAUGUGCAAAGUAUAAAUAAAAAAAAUGGGGUGCAAAGGAGCAAAAUAAAUAAAUUAAAUAAAUAAAUACAAUAGGGAAAGAGGUAGUUGUUUGGGCUCAUUUAUAGGUGGGCUAUGUACAGGUGCAGUAAUCUGUGAGCUGCUCUGACAGUUGGUGCUUAAAGCUAGUGAGGGAGAUGUGUUUCCAGUUUCAGAGAUUUUUGUAGUUCGUUCCAGUCAUUGGCAGCAGAGAACUGGAAGGAGAGGCAGCCAAAGAAAGAAUUGGUUUUGGGGGUGACCAGAGGUAUACCUGCUGGAGCGCGUGCUACAGGUGGGUGAUGCUAUGGUGACCAGCGAACUGAGAUAAGGGGGGACUUUACCUAGCAGGGUCUUGUAGAUGAACUUUGCCUGUUUGAUGGUUUGUCUUAGGGCAUAGCAGGAUUUUUUUUAUACACGGAUUCGUAUCCCCCUCUUUGAAAUCGGCAGCUCUAGCCUUUAGUUCGGUGCGGAUGUUGCCUGUAAUCCAUGGCUUCUGGUUGGGAUAUGUACGUACGGUCACUGUGGGGAUGACGUCGUCAAUGCAUUUCUUGAUAAAGCCAGGUAUAUUCCUCAAUGCCAUUGGAUGAAUCCUGGAACUUAUUUGUCUGUGCUAGCAAAACCAGUCCUGUAGCAUUAUUAUUUUAUUUCACCUUUACUUAACCAGGUAGGCCAGUUGAGAACAAGUUUUCAUUUACAACUGCGACCUGGCCAAGAUCAAGCAAAGCGGUGCGUCUAACCAGACACCUAGGUAGUUGUCCACAUCAGAGAAUCACCAGCACUUCCUUUAUUAUUAGACAUUGAGAACAAGCUGUUUUUGACAAAUAGGCACACACCACCACCCCUUGUCUUACCGGACUGUUCUACUGUUCUAUCCUACCGAUGCAAAAAAGUCAGCCAACUACAUUAUCCGUGUUGUUGUUCAGCCACGACUCUGUGAAACAUAAGAUAUUACAGUGUUUAAUGUCCCGUUGGUAGGAUAGUCAAUAACGGAGCUCAUCCAGUUUAUUCUCCAGUGAUUGCACGUUGGCCAAUUUAACGGAUGGUGGAGGCGGGAUACCCACUCGCCGACGAAUUCUCACAAGGCACCCGGAUCUGCGUCCUCUGUAUCUCCGUCUUUUCUUCGUGCGAAUGACAGGAAUUUGGGCCUGGUCCGGGAGCAACAGUAUAUCUUUCGCGUCAGACUUAUUCAAGAAAAAAAUCUUAAUCCAGUUUGAGGUGAAUAAUCGCUGUUCUGAUAUCCAUAAGCUGGUUUCGGUCAUAGGAGAUGAUAGCAGUAACAUUAUGUACAAAAUAAGUUAAAAACAAUGUGAAAAAACUCAAAAUAGCACAAUUGGUUAGGAGCACGUAAAACGGCAGCUAUCCCCCCCGGCACUAUUAUUAUUUGUCAUAAAUAUGUUGUUUGGCAUACAACUGUCUGGUUGAAUAAUGAGUGUCUGGUCCUGUCCAAGUUGUCAAUACUGCCUCUCGGUAGACAUUUUUCCUCAGACACAAAUCUAGGAGCAGCUAACCAUUCCUCAGUCAUAACUUCAUCCUAUUCCUCAAUGCUGUAGUUCAGAACUCUGAAAAUAUACUAAAUACUACUGCACAGAUAUGAACUGGUGAUUCAAACCCAUUGUUAUUAAGAAAGCUUUUUUUAAUGCACUGGCAAUGAGACGACUUGUGUAAUAGUUUAAUUAUUUUUCUUUUUUGUGACUUCACAUGUCAGUGUUGUGAAAUAUUUACAUUUUGUAUAAUAAAUACAAAUGUAUAUGAAACAAGUUUGUGUCAAGUGUUUUGAAGUGUGUUUAAUUAAUUGAAUCAUUCUUUGUGAUAUAUAUGUGUGUGUGUUUUAAUUUAUUAGCAAGAAACCAACGGCUCCUGUUCCCAGACCAAUGUGAUUGUUUUGAAUAAAUUCUGUCA